AUGAACCAGGUUUGGGUGUUCUUCAAGCUCAUAGAGGUGCUGCUGGGCAGUGUGUGCAUGUUUUUUCACAUGCGAGGAUCAUCGUACUGGCCCGAGCGUAUUCCCCACGUGAUCCUCUACUGCGCCACAUUUUCCUCCUUCACGAUGCUCGCCGCACUGGGUGCCUUCCGCCUGAUGCUGGCCCGGAGUUCGGUGCUUUCCUCGCAGCUGAUCCUCACACUGAGCGCAGUGAUCGCUCACUACCUUUGCGGCGUGAUGAUAAUGCGAACCGCCAUGCAGGAUCCUCACCUGUCUGCCAUGAACUCGACCAUCGAGUACCUGGAGCAUCCGCACUUUGCGCACUGCAAACAGCAGAGCAUCGCUGCGCUGAUCACGGGAACCAUGUACCUGAUGCACAUGUUCCAUGUCUUCGACCUGCUGAUGCGCAUGGAGCCGGGCGAAUGGAGGCUUCAGGCGACGGGACGCAGUUUCUUCGAGCGGACGGAUGCAGGAGCUGCCGGGCUGUUUGUGCUCUCCAAGCCGGUGGACGAUUUCUUGUGCCGCUGCUGCAGUUGCUACUUCAAGCUGGCCCACUCGCAGCCCCUGUACUUCCGGCCGAACGCGGAGGUAGAGCAGCCGCACAUCGUGGCCAGAAUGUGGCAGAUCAUGGGCGAGAUGCGAAGGAAAUUCUUUUCGCUGCAUCAGGUCGAGAGCGAAGAGAGUUUCCUGUCCACGCCGACCAUAACGUCCAGUGAAUCGGAGAUCGCACCGGUGGUCACCGAAUACGAGGCCUCCUUGGAGGAGGAGGCCAACAAACGGAGGCAGACCUCCUCGAACUGGCGUGGCUCCAGCGAUUCCUCUAGCCUUUGGGCCAAGAUCGAGGACAGAAGCACUGUUAGCCUCGGAUCGUCGAGUCAGAACAGCGAGGCCACAAUGAAACCGAAUCAGAUGGAUCGCAAAUUAAACCGGCGAUCAACCAUUGAAGCAGAAACCGAAAAAAGGGAGAAGUCGGAGAUUCUUCUCGUAGAACAGGGCUCGAGCUAUUCUCGCCUUAGAUCUUUAAGUAAGACUGACUCGCUUCAUAAGGAAAAAGAUAAAGGACAAACUGAGGAUACUGGUGAAAAGUUCCCAAAAGAGUCGAGAAAGUCAACCCAGCAAAAAGAACAAAAGGUUACGAACGUAUCCAAUCAAGCAACUAUAGAAGUAGAACCUUCCCCUAAAAAUGGAGCUCAUCUAAAGAAAAGUUCGCCAGCAACUACAGAAAAUGAGGAGGAAAUUUCGAAGGGUACUUCCACACAGCAAAUGAAAAGGGAGUCACAAUAG